AUGGGGAUCCGGAUCCCGUUCAGGUUGGUGUCCUUCUGCGUGGCUCACAAGACAGGAGGGUGCAAGCACUGUGCCGUGCCAGGGCCUGCCCCAGUAGACCUGGCUCUCCACUGUGCCGUGAGUCUGGGCUUCAGCUUCACGGAGGACCUGCCAUCAUGGGACAGCCGUGCAUAUGAGGCACUGAGUGAGCGGCACAGCCGCUGUGACGCCCGGGAGUGCCUCUGCCCAGGAGGCAGGGAGCAGGCAGAGGAAGAGGGGGUCAGCAGCAGAGCAGUUGGAGGUUACAGCCCGGCGCUGCUGGGCAUUGGAGUCCAUACUUGGCAUCCAGUGUUGAUGUGUGCCAUGUCCGCAAGGAAGCGGAAGGCCCCCGACUCGAUGGAGCAGGCAUGCACGCUGUGUCGCCGGGCAGAAGCUGACCCGGAUACUUGUGGGCGCAAGCUGGAGAAGCAAGGGGUCUGUGCCCAUGAGUUUUGCCUGUAUUUUGCCAACCACCUUUGUCAGCAACGAGUCGAGACCUUAGGACUUGUGGGAUUUCGCUUUGAAGAUAUCCAACGUACAGUCAACUGGGCAGCAGAGAAGGACUGCUUCGUCUGUGGUGAGAGCGGGGCCACCAUCACCUGCCGGGAGACAGGCUGCGACCGCAGCUUCCAUCUCCCCUGUGCUGUGGAGGGUGGAUGUGUCACCCAGUUCCUUUUACAGUACAGGUCCUUCUGCUGGGAACACCGCCCAGAGCAGGCAGUGGAGGCAGCUCCAGAGGAGACCACCACCUGCCUCAUCUGCCUCAACACUGUGGGGGACAGAAAGUCCUAUGGCACGAUGGUGUGCCCAGCGUGCAGACACGCCUGGUUCCAUAGGGGCUGUAUCCAGGGACAGGCUGUACGUGAUGGCAUUACUUGUUUCCGGUGCCCUCUCUGCAGAGACAGGGACGCAUUUCUCUCAGAAAUGCUCACCAUGGGGAUCCGGAUCCCGUUCAGCCUGCCAUCAUGGGACAGCCGUGCAUAUGAGGCACUGAGUGAGCGGCACAGCCGCUGUGACGCCCGGGAGUGCCUCUGCCCAGGAGGCAGGGAGCAGGCAGAGGAAGAGGGGCCAUGGGAACUGCUCCUGUGCCGCUCCUGCGCUGCUGAGGGCACCCACAGGCGAUGCUCCUCUUUGAGGAACAGGACAGCCAGCUGGGAGUGCGACAGCUGUGCUGGCCUGGGCACCGGUUCAGUAGUGGACUCCGUGGUGCUCAGUGAGGAAAUGUCCCUGCUGCUGGGGUGCUCACCUGAGCCCGCAGCCUGGACUGCCUUCCCCUGGGGACUCCUCCCACCCCUGGAUCAAAGCUUGUACUGCAGCACCGUUGCCGAAGACCCCCAGGACCUGAUGAAACAGCUCCCUCAGCUGCCCUGGAGCUGGCCCAGGGAUGCUGAGUUUCUGAGGGACUGCUUCGUCUGUGGUGAGAGCGGGGCCACCAUCACCUGCCGGGAGACAGGCUGCGACCGCAGCUUCCAUCUCCCCUGUGCUGUGGAGGGUGGAUGUGUCACCCAGUUCCUUUUACAGUACAGGUCCUUCUGCUGGGAACACCGCCCAGAGCAGGCAGUGGAGGCAGCUCCAGAGGAGACCACCACCUGCCUCAUCUGCCUCAACACUGUGGGGGACAGAAAGUCCUAUGGCACGAUGGUGUGCCCAGCGUGCAGACACGCCUGGUUCCAUAGGGGCUGUAUCAGAGACAGGGACGCAUUUCUCUCAGAAAUGCUCACCAUGGGGAUCCGGAUCCCGUUCAGGUUGGUGUCCUUCUGCGUGGCUCACAAGACAGGAGGGUGCAAGCACUGUGCCGUGCCAGGGCCUGCCCCAGUAGACCUGGCGCUCCGCUGUGCCGUGAGUCUGGGCUUCAGCUUCACGGAGGAGUAA